CGUACCAAUGCUUCAACCAACACAUCCAAAUUUCAGUAGCCACAAAAUUCUCAUCACUUGCACACAAGAUUAAUUAUUCCAUAUGGGUCAGAGGCUUUCCUGCUUCCACCGAGGCAGCGUCUCCCGGCAGGUGCACCAGCCGGACUCGCCAGCGCCAGCCAGGGUCAUCGCCGCCGACGGCUCACUGAAGGAGCUUCCAGCGCCGUCGUCCCCCCUCGCCGCCGUCUCCGACGUGCUUGGCCUUGACGGCCAGACGCCCGUGGCGUCGUCCUUCGUGUGCAACGCCGACGCGCUCUACUUCAACGAGCACCCGCCGGCGCUGGCCCCCGGCGACCUGCUCCGGCCAGGGCAGGUGUACUUCGUGCUCCCCGCGGACUUGCUCGGCCGGCCGCUGUCGGCCGCCGACAUGGCCGCGCUGGCCGUGCGUGCGAGCGCGGCGCUCGCGUCGUCCGGCAAGCCACAGCAGCGGCGCGGCGGCACGAGCAAGAAGGCGCUGCACGUCAUGCCGGUGCAAGAGUACGCCGAGAACGACGUUGACUUGUUUAACGAGACGCUCAACGAGCUGACGUUAGGGCAGGCCGGGGCGUCCCUGAUGAGCCCGGCGAAGAAGGGCGAUGAGAAGCUCGCCGCAGCGGUUGAGCGGUCGCGGCUGAAGCGCGCGCUGAGCAUCAUUCGAGAGUAAGCGCGCUGUUUUUUCGCGACCGUGCCCAAGGAACGUGUCAUUAAGAGGAGAAGAGAAAUUUUUUAAGCGCUGAGCAUCAUUCGAGAGUAAGCGCGCUGUAGUUUCUUCGUUUGUUUUUUUUUCUUUUUGGAAACCAUUUUGUAAGCUACAAGCUUAUAAUGGUUCAGUAUAGAUUUAGGAAAAAGGAGGGCUCUUGAGAUAUGAAAGAAAAAAUUGAAUAAUCCAGUAGUUGCAAAAUUACAAUAAUCCAAAAAAACCAUUAGUUGCA